CGCGCGCGCGCGCGCGCCUCCCCCGCCGCCAUGGCCCGGGACUACGACCACCUCUUCAAGCUGCUCAUCAUCGGCGACAGCGGUGUCGGCAAGAGCAGCUUACUGUUACGUUUCGCAGACAACACUUUCUCAGGCAGUUACAUCACCACUAUCGGAGUGGAUUUCAAGAUUCGCACUGUGGAGAUCAACGGGGAGAAAGUGAAGCUGCAGAUCUGGGACACGGCUGGGCAGGAGCGCUUCCGCACCAUCACCUCCACGUAUUAUCGGGGGACCCAUGGGGUCAUCGUGGUCUACGACGUCACCAGCGCUGAAUCCUUCGUCAACGUGAAGCGGUGGCUUCAUGAAAUCAACCAAAACUGUGAUGACGUGUGCCGGAUCCUAGUGGGGAAUAAGAACGACGACCCCGAGCGCAAGGUGGUGGAGACGGAAGACGCCUACAAGUUCGCUGGGCAGAUGGGGAUCCAGUUGUUUGAGACCAGCGCCAAGGAGAAUGUCAACGUGGAAGAGAUGUUCAACUGCAUCACAGAGCUGGUCCUCCGGGCAAAGAAGGACAACCUAGCAAAACAGCAGCAGCAACAACAGAAUGACGUGGUGAAGCUCACGAAGAACAGUAAACGGAAGAAACGCUGCUGCUAAUGCCCCCAGCCCAUUGCAGAGACUGCGCUGCUGCCGUGCCCCCCGCCCCGGGCCGGGGGCUCCUCUCCUGGGGGACAGUCUCAGUUCCGUGCCGUUAUUUAAAGAAUUCUCUCCACGUUUUUGUACUGGGAGGCGCCGUCGGGACUUCCUCUCCCCCGAGUGCCAAGAAGGUGUGGGACGGCCUGCUCUUCCCUUCCGGCGCCCCUGUCCCCCGGCUGAGCGCCCGGGCUGGCGGGGACGCUGCCAGCCAAGCGGACUGAUUAACCGGAGUCUGUACAUAGUGUAUAUCGCUUUAACCAGCGCGCCACCCUCGUCCCGCUCCGGCUUUUGCCUCCUUCGUGCCAGCCUGCUGCGACACCCCCUCCCCUCCCCACCCUACCCCGACUUACCGCCAGCAGCUUCCGGAGAGGACAGGAUCACGUUCUAGAACAAGUACCUUUUGCCAACCUGGGGUGGUGCCGUGGGCUCCACGGGACUCGUUCUCUCUCACUGGCAUCAGCGUCUCCAUCCCCGCUUGGAGGGCUGGCCCCCACCCCUCCCCAUCCCGCCUCGUCACCGCUCCGGCAGCUGGGGGAUCCCGCCUUGAGGUGGGCCCCGGGAUCCCCCUGGAGGUCUGGCCCUUCGCUUCCAGAGGAGGGAUCACUCCUGCCCUCUGGCCCACAGAUUUCUUGUCCUGCCUUCCAGACGCCUCAGCUACAACCCGGGGGAGCCAUGGCUUCUGACUUAUUUAUACCAACCUGUUUGGGUUCCAACAGAAAGGUAGGGGUGUGUUUGUGCACAGAUGGGCUUGCCAUUGGGCGUCUGCUAAGGAGCGUCAUUUUAACAGAUAAAAGUGAAGCCAAAUCAAAUGAAUUAAGUUCCUCAUACUUUUUUCUCUCUUCCUGAGGCUUGGUUGCACAGCAGCAAAAGUUGCAGCCGCCUUACUCUGGGUCCAGUGUUUUUAGAAAAAAUGGCUUCCUGUUGCCACGGAGCUGGGCUCCUGGCCAUUUGUUGGUGGGAAAGGAGGGGCCUCCCUUGGAGUCACGGGUCUCCAGUGAGCACCCGGCACCCCUCAGUGUGGGGGAGCGGGUGUCGGGCCGCUGGGUCCUGGGGAUGGUGCCUCUGAGCUGGAUGUAGGCGGCCUUGGGGUGCUCUGGGCCUGGGGAGGCGGGGCUGGGGGUUGGCAGCACAAAGGCAGCAUGAGAACUUCUUGGCGGGUGGCAGGGAAUGGCCGCCUGGGCUGGGCGCCAGCCAUGACUCGCGCUGGUGCCCUUGGAGGAACCCCCAGGGUCUUUUGCACUUGGUUAUGGUCAGCCUAUCUCCCCUUCGAGGCACUUCAUUCACCUUUCCCCUAAAAGAUCAUGUAACCUGGGAAUAAUUUAUUUCAGCACCAUGAUGUGUUCUAUUAGAUUUCCUUUCCUAGGAGAUUUCCAGGUCAAGCCCUGAUUGGACAAUCACAUCACAGAUUCACUGCAGAUUUCCCAUGUCACUGUUGGUGGGUUUUUAAUCAGUAAAAACUGGGGGUUUCGUCUGACCUGCCUCCACUUCCCCCAAGACUGCUGAAAGCCCGCGGUUCUGGGUGACCGGCCUUCCUCACUCUGGAGCCACGGGACGAGGUGGGGGUGCUCCGGGCCUGGGGAGGUGGGGCUGGGGGCUGGCAGUAGGCAGCCGUCGGGUUGGGUGCUCGGGGCCAUAGCGCGGUCUCAGUCUUCAGGACUGUCCCAGCCACCCCGGGUCCCUGGAGGGUGUGGAGAAUCGGGGCUCGGCCCUGAGCGUUCCGGUGACGCUGGUGUGGCAGAGCUCGCAGAUUUAGGCAAUAAGGGGUGGGGGGUCCUACAAGUUUCCAGCGCAGGCGAGAAGCCUCCGUGGCUUCCGGCUGCUGGACACCCAGACCCAGGUUGGGGGGAAGAUUCGGUGAUGGCAGCGUGCCCGUCCGCAGAGUGUC